GCGUCUGUCAGCCAUUUUGACCAGCGCCAGCAGAGGCAAUAUUUUUUCUCCAAAUCUAAGACGGUUUUGAAACCGAUUCAACGUUUUACCGAUCCUGCAACAACAGAAACACACAGAGAUGACGGAGAGAAGCUCUGAGUCUGAGAUUCCUGUGGAUGAACUGCCAUCGGUACACCCUGGGAACGAGACAAACAGCAGCGAGCAAAAAUCACCCGUUCCUGUUCCGGGCCAGACAGAGCAGACAAAGGCGGCCAAACGCUUUGCGUGUACGGUAUGUGACUUCACGACAGAUAAAAAAUCAAAACUAUCCAUCCAUGUGAGAAGACAUACGGGUGAGAAACCUUACAAAUGUGACCAGUGCAACUAUUCCACUGCAGAGAAAGGCCAUUUAACCCAACACAUGGUUAAACACACUGGAGACAAACCCUACAUAUGUGGAGAGUGCGAUUUCCGGACCGCCUAUGGGUCUGUUCUGACAAAACAUAAGAAAAUGCAUAAAGGUGUAAAACCCUACAAGUGUGACCAGUGUGACUAUUCCACCAUAGGCAAGUACAAGUUAGACGAACACAUGGCUAAACACACCGGAGAAAAACCCUACGUAUGUGGAGAGUGCGAUUUCAGGACGGGCUAUGCGUCAGUUCUAGCCAAACAUAGGAAAACGCAUACAGGUGUAAAACCCUACAAGUGUGACCAGUGUGACUAUUCCGCCGCACACAAAAACCGGUUAGACCAACACAUCAUGGCUAAACACACCGACGACAAACCCUACAAAUGUGAUCAGUGUGACUUUUCCUCUGUACGGAAAUACCGGUUAGACCAACACAUGGCUAAACACACUGGAGACAAACCCUACGUAUGUGGAGAGUGCGAUUUCAGGACAGACCAAGAGUCUGUUCUGGCAAAACAUAGAAAAAAACAUACAGGUGAAAAACCCUACAAGUGUGACCAGUGUGACUAUUCCGCCGUACGCAAAAACCGGUUAGACCAACACAUCAUGGCUAAACACACCGGAGAAAAACCCUACAAAUGUGAUCAGUGUGACUUUUCCUCUGUACGGAAAUACCAGUUAGACCAACACAUGGCUAAACACACCGGAGAAAAACCCUACGUAUGUGGAGAGUGCGAUUUCAGGACGGGCUACGAGUCUGCUCUGGCAAAACAUAGAAACAUACAUACAGGUGAAAAACCCUACAAGUGUGACCAGUGUGACUAUUCCGCCGUACGCAAAGACCAGAUAGACCAACACAUGGCUCAACACACCGACGACAAACCCUACAAAUGUGACCAGUGCGACUAUUCUGCUAAACUGAAAGGCAGUUUACGCCGACACAUGGCUACACACGCUGAAGAAAAACCCUACAUGUGCGGAGAGUGUGGGUACAGGACUGCUCUCAGGUAUUAUUUAUCCAGACAUAUGAGAGCCCAUGGUGCGAAAACCCAUAAGUGUGACCAGUGUAACUAUUCUACUGGAAUCAAAGGCAAUUUAGACCAACACAUGGCUAGACACGCUGAAGAAAAACCCUACAUGUGUGGAGAGUGUGACUACAGGACGGCUUCCAGGUAUCACUUAUCCAGACAUGUGAAAUCCCACGGUGAGAAAGCCUACACGUGUGAUCAGUGCGACUAUGCUGCCACAAAAAAAGAACUCUUAGAUCGGCACUUGGCCAGACACUCUGGACAGAAACCCUACAUGUGUGGAAAGUGUGGAUACAGUACAACUGUCCAGUAUUCCUUGAAAGUACACAUGAGAAAACAUACAGGGGAGAAACCUUUCAAGUGUGACCAGUGCGACUAUGCUGCAGCAGCGAAAAGAGAUUUAAAUCGUCACUUGGCGAAACACACUGGAGAGAAACCUUACGUAUGUGAAGAGUGUGGAUACAGGACAAAUAUAAAGUUUUCCUUAACCGCACACGUGAAAAGACAUAAAGGAGAGAAACCUUACAAGUGUGACCAGUGUGACUAUUCUUCUGCAUAUAAAUUUUGUUUAGUCCAACACAGGUAUAGUCACACCGGAGAAAAACCCUACCUGUGUGGGGAGUGUGGAUACAGGACAGCUGACAGGUCCGGUUUGUACAAGCAUAUGAAAACCCAUGCAGGUGCAAAACCCUCUCAAUGUGACCAGCACGACAAUUCUACUGCACAAAAAGGUGAUUUAGACUGACACAUGGCUAAACACACUGAAGAAAAAACACUACGUGUGUGGAGAGUGCGGAUACAGGACAGCUUACAAGUAUUUCCUAUCUGCACAUAUAUAUAUAUAUGAAAACUUGUAUAGAUGUAAAACAGUGUUACUAUUCUGCGUGAAGGGAAUACUGGCCAACACAAUUCUGUACCCAUCCAUUGUGUUUGGGGAAUGUGGGUGUAGGCCAGCUUACAGGGCUGCCUUGUCCACACACACAAAUGGCGAAUCGUGCUGACUUGACUUGUAUGUGCCGAGCCCUGGUGUCCCUCACAUCAAGUCAAUUCAGAAUGGCAGCCCAACCGUUCCUGUCUUCCAUUACCUGGCUACAUCUGUGAGAAGUGAGGCCUAAAACCUACCCGGAUGACCUGGCACCUUUGAGGGCAGAGGAAAACCACACAAAUGUGACCAGUUUGUACAUUCUGCUGCUUGGAAGAACAGUUUUGACUGACCCUUCCGGAUUCAGGACAGCAGAUGAUGAUACGUUUAUAUUGAAACAUUUGGGGAUACAUUAUUUGUAUAUUUAGGUAAAAUCGUAUAAAUUUAACCAUUAGCGUUUUACUAACUCUGUCCCAAAGCUGGUUCUGCUUCUUUCCAUGCCAGAUGAACACCAAUAACCUUUUCUUGAAAGGACAUGAAGCACAACAAAAUGAAUUACAUCAUAGUGUCUCUUUUAUUGAAUUCACCAUGUUUGCCUUUAUUUCCUUGGUUCUAAACUCAUUGGACAUAUUCAGCUUGAACUGAUUUUGACUUCAAGCCUUGACGAUGUUGUAUGCUAGUUUUAAAGAAAUAAGUUGACACCUGUAUUUUAUCUUCAACUCAGAUCUCCUUAUUCGGUUUGUAAAAAUUAGGACCUUAGACCCCUAAUGACUUCAUUAGUGUUGAUUAAACAAUUUGUUUUUCACGUCUAAGGGUCAGUACAAGCUAUUUAAUGAUACAAUGGAUGAUCUAGUGUCUUAUGACUGCAACCAAGAUCGUCCUUGAACUCUGCUGUCUUUUUUUCUGGGCAUACAAAACCGAGAAGUUGAAUUUAUAAUUAUGAUAGUUAGUUUUGUACCUGUUAGCUGUAUCUAUUCAACAAUGUUUUGUGACCCGAACUUAGCCCAGUAGUGUGGCAAAAUGUUACGUAGGAAUUAACCACUUUUGAAGAUGAGAAAAAUAAAAUAAAAUUCGCUGAAAGUAA